AUGCGUUGGAACCAGAGUAAGAAGAUUUGUGAUCGCAAGAUUGAGCCAAAAGCAUUCAGAGGUUGCAAUCUUCUGUCCAGCUGUGUACAGAAGCACAGUGCUAACACAGUUAGUCUCCUCUCAAACCGAAGUGAGCAGAACCAAACCACUGUCCUUGUCUGGCUUUGGCCUUUCGGUGAGACCUAUGACCUCAACGUCUGCAGAUCCUUGUUCAACAUCGACGGCUGCUUCAUCACAGCAGACAGAAACCUUUACAACAAGUCAGAUGCGGUCGUCAUUCACCACAGGGACAUCAGUAGCGAUUUGUCCAACAUGCCACCUGCAUAUCGACCCACCCUCCAAAAAUGGGUGUGGAUGAACCUCGAGUCACCGUCACAUUCUUCUCAGUUACCUGGUAUUGAGAACUUGUUUAAUCUAACGCUGAAUUAUCGGCAGGAUGCUGAUAUCAAAGUGCCUUAUGGAUCUAUCGUUGCGGCCCAAGGUGAGGAGGAUUUUGUGCCACCAAGCAAAAAUAAGUUGAUUUGUUGGAUUGUGAGCAACUGGAACCCUGAGCAUGUCAGAGUGAAGUAUUACAAUGAGCUGUACAAACACAUCGAGGUGCACGCGUAUGGGCAAGCUUUUGGCGAGUACAUCUCUGACCAAGACUAUUUUCCCACUAUUGCAAGCUGUAAAUUUUAUUUAGCGUUUGAGAAUUCAAUUCACAAAGACUAUAUUACAGAGAAACUGUACAAUCCACUCUCUGUUGGCACAGUGCCAGUGGUUCUUGGACCACCAAGGGAGAACUAUCAGAACUAUAUCCAGGGUGAUGCCUUUAUCCACGUGGAUGACUUCUCCUCCCCCAAAGAACUCGCUGAUUACCUGUUGCUUCUCGACAAGAAUGAGGAACUGUACUUGAAGUACUUUGAGUGGCAUAAGCACUUCAGGGUUAAAAAGGCAUAUUUCUGGGCUGAGCACACAUGCCUGGUUUGUGAUUACAUUAGAAGGCACAAUGAGUACAAAGUGUUUAAUAAUCUUGACAAAUGGUAUUGGGGUUAA